CACAAUAAUCUUUCUUCAUUCAGGCUAAUAGUUUAAUAGCUAAUAGGCCAAGGAUUAAGAGAACCAAGGUGUUUCUUGGGGAAGAAAUCGUCUCUUAGUCUUUUUUGCCUAGGUUGAUCAGUCGCCUUUCAUCAGUCAAAUGUACAGUAUUUAAAUACAGAAUUAGUCAAAUUUACAGUAUUCAACGUUAGGCAUCCAAAUUGAACCGUGCGUGAACGGACCAGAACUGCCAAUUAUGACAAUUUGCAGAUAUCCGUAGGCAAAACGGCGUAUUUACUAAAGGUAUACUCAGUUAUACUCGCAUGAAAAAUGAGAAUUUGUGCAUUGAGACCCACUGGAAUGAUAUGAUUUAUUUGGGCUAUUUCUUGAGAGUGGCACAAAAACGUCAGGAAAUGCAUCUUUCGUUGUUCACUGCAGUCAUCAUACGGUGUAGAGUUUUUAAGUCAUGUUUUCUUGAAAAAAAACAGUCAUUGGAUGUGAGUAAUUUUGCAUUGUGCAGGCAGCAGACUAAUCCCUAAUGGUUCAAUCGCUUUCAGUUUAUGUUAGCUACAGACGAUAUAGUAAAAAUUUAAAUACAAUGCCGUGGUUUAACCUGGCAAUGUUCAAGGUAUGCAAAAUGAUUGCUUCAAGUGCUCAAAAACUAAAAAAGUUUGUAAUACCAACCACAGUGUUAUGGAAAUUGUCUGUUGUUAAUGCUUCCUUCAGCUUGUGACUGCAGCAAAAUGUUGAAAGGAAAGUGCAAUGUUGUUUUUUUGUCAGAACUGGAUCAACAUUUGAAUCAUACCGAGGCAAGAUUCGCCGCUGACAGAAAGCUUUUUGAUUCUCAACAUUAAAUAUAAGUAUACGCGUAUCAUUUGAACUACAGAAGAAACACACGAUGACUAUAUAUUUGGUGAUGUUGGUCAUCGCAGGAUGGACAGUUGGUACAAACGCCAAUCCGAACUGGUCUUUAAUAUCAGGACGAUUAGCUCAACUUGAUAUAAGUUCGGAUGAUACACUCUGGGGAGUAAACAGAUAUCGAGACAUCUUUUAUCGUGAAGGAGUAACUCUGAGUAACCUAAAAGGUUCAUCGUGGACACAUAUAGCAGGAAAGUUGAUCCAAAUCGAUUCAGGUCCUCCGGGAAUUGUCUAUGGCGUUAACCGUCAUCAUCAAAUAUUCUGUCGAAAAGGCAUUACUUUGCGUCAACCCAAAGGUACAGGUUGGGUGCGAGUGCCAGGAGCUUUGAAAUAUGUAAGCUGCGGUGUUUAUGGCUGUUGGGGUGUAAAUAAUGCCGACGAAAUUUGGUUUCGUUACGGUGUAAAUCCAAAAAAUUGCGCUGGAAACAAGUGGGUCAAAAUACCAGGUUACUUAUCGGAAUUAGAGGUGGACAAGGAAGGAAAAGUUUAUGGAAUUAACCAUGGAAAGAAACUUUUUGUUAGAGAAGGUGUUUCAUCCUCCCGCCCGACAGGAACGAAGUGGAGAUUCAUUCCAAGCCGUAAACUUACGCAUAUUUCAGCAGGAUAUUCUCAGAUAGUUGCAUUAGAUCUUGGUGGGGCCAUUUAUUCUUAUGGCGGUGUGACUAUUUUCAUUCACGGUAAUUGGCCCAUAAUCCCAGGACAUUUGAAACAAAUUGACCACGGGGUAGCAAAUGCGGUGUGGGGUGUGAACAGGCAUGAUGCCAUAUUCCGUUUAAAAAGCCCGUUAAGUUGGCAACAUAUACCAGGAGCUCUCGUUCACGUAUCAGCAGGCGAAGCAGGAAUUUGGGGAGUGAACAGACAUGACAAUAUUUACUAUCGAGUUGGGGUCACUGAAGGGAAGCCCUCUGGAAAAUCGUGGCAACACAUAUCUGGAAAAUUGAAGCAAAUUGAUUCCGGACCAAGUGGUAUAGUGUAUGGUGUGAAUGUUGCAGAUCAGAUCUACUGUCGCACAGGGAUCGAGUAUGGUAAACCGUUUGGUACUGGUUGGAAGCGCGUUUCUGGUGCGCUGAAAUAUAUUAGCUGUGGUGUUCUGGGUUGUUGGGGCGUAAACAGUGGAGACGACAUAUUCUAUCGCUCUGGGGUAAGCAAGGAAAAUUGCGCUGGCACAAAAUGGAUUCACGUUGGUGGAAAACUAAAACAGAUCGAAGUUGGUGCAGCUGGUGAUGUCUAUGGCAUUAGCUCUGCUGGACAAGUUUGGCGUCGUACUGGUAUCACCGAGUUACGUCCCUUAGGUACCCGUUGGCAAUUAAUUCAACAACAUGGUUCCCACAUCACCACUGGGGUGAAUGGCCAGUAUCUGUUGGUUGAUGGUCAAAUACAUCAUAAUGGUGGUUGCCCAAGAUGUUCUUCCUAAACACCAAUAUUUCUUUCCAUUGAUGCAUGGUAACACGGACUCGGAUGAAAUGAUAAUUGGAUACUAUUAAACGUAGAUUGUAGUUGAGAGGAAGUUAUUAAAAGCUGUAGAGUAAUACACAAUACUGUAAACAGUGAUUUGGAAAAGCUAGUGACUAGUGUGUUCAUUGAAACACUGUUAUAGCUAUCGUUAAUUAAUUUAGAAAUUGCGGCUAAAAAACUUCAAUAAUUAUAC